GGGGGGGGGCCGGGGCAAUGGACGCCGCGCUGCUCGCCGCCGUUGCCGCGCUGCUCGCCGUCCUCCUCUUCUUUGCCACCCGCCUCCGCGGCCGGGCGAGGGCAGCUGAUGAGGAACACCAGGGAAAUGCAGCGGCGGCAGCAGCGGCCAGGCCUCGGCCCCACGCGGAAGAGCGGGGAGAGGGGAUGCCAAGGCGCCGGAGGAACAUGGGGAACCGGAUGAUGGCCCAGAGGAGAGCGCAGCAGGAGGAGGGCUGGGUGGAAGAGGAAGACGACGCUGAAGAGGUGCCAGAAUUUCAGGUGUCUGGGAAAAUUGGAGCAAAAAAGCAGAGGAAAUUAGAAGAGAAACAAGCCAGAAAAGCACAGAGAGAGGCUGAAGAAGCAGAGCGAGAAGAACGGAAAAAACUUGAGUCAAAAAGAGAGGAGGAAAGGCGGAAAGAAGAGGAGAGAAUACGUCUCGAGGAAGAACGACAGGAAGAGGAAAGAAGGAAAGCAAAGGAAGAAGAGGAGAAGAGGGAGUAUGAAGAGUACCUGAAGCUGAAGGAGAGUUUUGUAGUUGAAGAGGAAGGGGUUGAAGAAUCAAUGACAGAGGAAGAGUCUCGCAGCUUUCUAAUGGAAUUUCUUGAAUAUGUUAAGAAAACAAAGGUAAUCCAGCUGGAGGACUUGGCUUCACAUUUGGGUUUAAGAACACAGGAUGCAAUUAACAGAAUCCAGGACCUGAUGGCAGAUGGCACUCUAACAGGUGUGAUUGAUGACAGAGGAAAGUUCAUCUACAUCACUCCAGAGGAGAUGGCUGCCGUGGCUCAGUAUAUCAAACAGCGAGGACGAGUCUCCAUCGCAGAGCUGGCCCAAGCAAGCAAUUCCCUGAUCAACCUCCAGCCUGACAGCCGAGCUGCUGCUCCGACUGUGGCGUGAAACUGUGGCCUGAGAAGAAUCAAGCAGGGGGUUUAACCUUUUCAUGAAUAAGCAACGUGAUUAAAAACAAACGAGCGCCCCUCUAGUCCAUUCACGGGGCUUGAAGACGGUAGGAUGCUCUUUUUAAGCAUUAGCUGCAAGACUUGAUUGAAAGUUUGGCUCCUGAUUCUGUUCGAGCUGAUGUAAAAUAGGACAGUCUUUUCUACAACAGAGGCUAGCCAAGAACUUGGGGCUAAAACGCUCUGAUGCCCUUGUACCCCAGGAACAUCAGUAAUUUUUAUAUGGUUACUCUAUCAUGGCAGUCAGUCUCAUGUGACUAUACCCAAACUUUUAAUUGUUUCCAGAUUCUGAUGUUUGUGUCAAAUAUAUUUGGUUCUCAUUGUAUUUGGGAUCCUCCAGACUUGCUCUGCACUUAUGGACCUGUGUAACUUUGUGGCAAUGAUGUAUACAGCCCAGAAUAAUAGGCGUGUAGGGAUGAGGCUUGCAGAUUAUGUCUUCAGGAUCAACACUGGAAGGCUAGAGUAAAAAAAUACUGCAAGUGUGUCUUUGUUCUUAAUGAAAUAUAUACUGAAACUCUAGAAAGAGUGCUUGCUAUGUUGUGAGAACUUCCAGAGGUUAUUUCAGAUAAACCUUUGCUAUAUAAAUAUGUUUUGUUUGGUUUAUAUUAUGUAAAAAGUUCGCUUGCAGCAAAGCUGCGUUAUUUUUCUGUAGCCAAGAGACAGAAAUACCUCCAGGGAAAGGCUAGCUCGCCUCGUUUAUUGUGCAGGCCAAUUCUACUGAUACCAACCAGAUUCUGAUGAUUCAUCCUUUGAAGUAAGAGCCAGCUCAGUGCGUCUGAAGGCCCCAGACACCACCCCCACCCCAUGGCCUUUGUGUUCUGCAUGUUUGGGGGUUUUUAAAUACAAAAUUCAGGCACUAUGAGUCAUGCAAUUAAUGUUACAAGUAAAUGAUUAAUAAUAUGUUACUUGUAGGGGUCGGUAUAUUUCCUGCAUAAGAAUAUUUAUUUUUUUUAAUAGCCUAAUUGAUGCUUUGUUAAUUCUCCUUUCUGAAAUCAACAGAAUCUGUGUGGAUAGACAGUAAUUGGGGAGGGCGAGAGGGGCUGGCUUUGUCUCUGCCAAACUUGGAGAUUUUGAGUAGACUAAAAGCUACGUUAUCAGUGAGAUGAGAUGAGAUAGCAAUAAAGCAACAGAAGGGAAGCAUAUUUCCCUUUUAAUCUCUGCACUGCUGCUGAAUGUGAUACUCUGCAGGAGUGCUGAGGCCGAGUUACAGUGCAGCACCACGCGUUGAUGUGGAAGGUUGGUUCAUCACUACUGUGGUACAUGAUAACCAGCAGAGAGAUUACUUGAGAUUUGAUGCUUGUAAGGUCUCUUAAUUAUUCAAAAUUUGAUUUUACCAUGAUUUCUUCUUCUGUCCUAAACUAUUCUUGUAAUAAACAAUAUUGAAAAAACUGCA